GCGACGAACAGCUAAAGCGAUUUGAAGGACAAACUUCGUAAUGUCAGACAUGGUCGAUAUCGGCAAAUGCAGGCCAUUCAAGUCGAUUCAGUGGAUUGACGCUAUUUACUAUUUGGUAAAGGCUUUUGAAAUAAACAAAUACCCCUUGGGCUCCAUUCAUGAGCAAGCGCCUAGCAUCAUUUCAUGGCCCGUCUACGCCAACAUCAUCCCCCGUGUCACAAGUAAAGAAAUCAGUGACGCCAGCAUCACCAUCAAGGGCUUCCGAUGCGUCUAUUCAUCGAAAAUUUAGAACGUUGCUCCACGAGUUGCGCUCGAUCGCCAAUACAUGGGAUGACAUCGUCCUCGUCGACGGCUUAAAAGCUGCGCGGACUCUGGUCGAUUCUCGCACCGAAUUGGACAACGCACUUGCCAUGGUUCCUGCCGAUAUGCAGCCUGGGUCAAUCAUGGUUGGUCCGAAGCUCGACGUGAUGGAUGAAUGUAUCACUCAACUCGAUUCGGUUCUCAUGAAGCUCUCGAAGUUAUUGCAGAGAAUGAGCAUUGUGCUCGAUAAUAUGGAGGCUCUGAUGUUCGAAGCGGAGAAGUUAAAGGGCUUUCAAUGGUGCCACGAGGAACCUUUGUGGAUUUCAUGGCCCAUCGAGAAAUUUGUGCUGUCACUGUCUGGGCUGACAACUCCGUAUCAUCGGUCGCUUGCACUUCAUAAGGAGCUAGUUGACAUCUUGCGCACUCAUACAGUGUCCUUUGAACAUUCUCGAAACGCUAUCAAUCAAUGGGUCGAGCAGCCUUUCUUAAGAGAUGAUGGUUGGCACGCAAAAUGGGAGGACCUUUGUGAAGUAGAGGUAGAAAGAUGGGACGCAAGAUAAUAAAAACAAUUAGACAAAGUAACA